AUGCGUGUCACAUCCGUCCUCAGCAGCGCUGCGCGCACUCCUCUCAUUCGCUUCGUUGGAAAGCGCUCUGUCCCCAAGUCCAUUGACCACUCUCCUCGCGUCCACCCCGCCUCUCCCACCGGAACUCUCCCUGACUCCUUUGCCACUUACCGUGCUAAGGCUCAGCAACACGGCCCCCUCGGUCGCUCUUCCUUCAAUGGCAGCAUCGGCGGUACCGCCGGCGCCGCGUUGGGCCCCGUCAAGCCCCAGGCUGGCGAGUUCUUUGACCGCGCUGAGCUCCCCUCCCGUUUCGGCCGUCUCCCCUGGACUGAGGCCGAGAUGGAGGCCAUUGAGACUGGCGGCGCGAGCAUGUUCGCAUAA